AUGAGAAACCCGUUGGACCCCAAUCGUCUUAAUAAAAACCCUACGAUCGCUCGGAUUCUCAAAUCAGGCGUUUCCAAUGUUACGAGUGGCGGAGCAUUAUCCUCGUUUGGAGCGAACUGCGCCGCUUUGAUUCGUGAAAAUCGUGAUAGAGAAAAACGGGAAAUUGGUGAGCUUAAUAAUCGCUUGGCCAGAUAUAUUGAGAAGGUCCGAUUUCUCGAAGCUCAAAAUCGUGUUCUUGAAUCUGACAUUGAUUUGUUCGCGAGAGCUGCUCAUAUUCACAGUAAUCGGAUUGCCGUUUAUUAUGAGGCAGAAGGAAAAUCUCUUCGCACAUUGGUCAGUGAAAAUCAUGCAAAAAUUAUGAAUGCUGAGCAAAACAUUCGAAAGCUGGAGCCCGAGUUAUCGUCGAUUUAUCGAAGAUUAAAUGAUGCUGUUGACGAUCGUAAAAGAGGAAGAGUAGUAAAAAAGGAAAAAUUAAAAGAACUGUCUUAUCUUGAAGCGGAGAAUACUUGGUACAAGAGACUUAUCGUCGAUGCGGAAGAAGAGAAGAAUCGUAUCAAGCAGGAAAAUUCUCGGAUCCGUGCUGAGAUUAAGAAACGACAAAAACUCCGCGACAAAGAGAGAGCUGAUGCGGCCAAAUUCAGCUCAAGUCUUCAAGAUUUGCUAAAACGUAUCCAGGCUUCUUUAACUCAACAUGAAAUGACAAUUCGAGACGAAAUUGGAAAAGCUCGACGUGAUACAACUAAUACUAAUCGUGAUUUCUUCCAUAAUGAGUUGCAAAAUGCGAUGAAAGAUAUUCGCGAUCAAUUUGAAAAGGAUUCCCGAUCUGCGCGAGCAAAGUGGGAGGAAUGGUAUCGCAAAAAGAUUACCGAGAUCAGGAGUGAUUCUGAACAUAUCUCCAAAGAGCAAAUGAAUGCUAGAGAAGAAACACUAAAAAUUCGUUCAACAUUAAAUGAAAUGAGAGACAAAUUAUCAGAUGUUGAGAUUCGAAAUCAACAACUGGUUAAACGUAUUGCUGAUCUUCAUUAUCGUGAAGAUGAAGAUUUGCAAUUAUUCGAAAUUGCAUUGAAUGAAAAAGAAGCUGCUGUACAGAGAAUGCGUGAAGAAUGUACCGGACUCACUGUUGAAUUGGAAACACUUUGCGAUAAUCACAUUAAUCUUACAAACGAGAUUAACAUGUAUCGCAAAUUAAUUGAUAACGCCGAGGGAAUCCGAACCAUGAUAAAUAGUGAGGUUGUCAUCGAAGCUCCUUUGCCUAUCCUCGCUCGUGGCUCCUUAAGCCUUCUAGAUAGUGAUAUAUUCACAUGUACUGACGUAGCAAAAUUCGAGUUCCAUUCUGGAACAAAGACUGUCCUGUUGAAUGAUGCUGAUGAGGAGGUUGCAUGGUAUGCUGAUGAAAAUUAUGCUCACUAA